AUGGCCAAGAGAUUUCUCAUCCCACCGCGCUCCCUUCUGCCCUGGACGACGACACAGCGCGCAAAGCUACCGCCUCUAUCGCCGUCCCCUACGCCCAACUCUCCCGCCCGCCUCAUCCACGCGCGCGCAUCUGAGUAUUUGCCCAGCAACCUGCCUGGGUGGAGCGAGUCCCAGCGCUCCGUUCGGGAGGCCAUAGCCAAGAUCUGCGAGAAGUACCCUGACGAGUAUUGGCUGGAGAGAGACGACCAGCACAAGUUUCCCUGGGAGAUGUACAAUGACCUGGCAUCCAACGGAUGGCUGGGGAUUUGCAUGCCCGAGGAGUAUGGUGGCUCGGCGCUGGGCAUCUCCGAGGCGGCCACAAUGUUGCACACCAUCUCAGAAUCAGGCGCAUGCAUGAACGGGGCGUCAUCGGUUCAUAUGAAUAUCUUUGGCCUCGAGCCUGUUGUCAAGUUUGGAACCCAGGAGCAAAAGGAUCGCUGGCUUAUGCCUCUGAUCCAAGGCAAAGAACGAGCCUGCUUCGGGGUUACGGAGCCCAAUACGGGCCUAGACACCUUGCGCUUGCAGUCAACGGCAACUCGAGACGGGGACUUCUAUGUGCUAAGGGGCUCCAAGGUCUUCAUCUCAACUGCUCAGGUGGCUGAAAAGAUCCUCAUCCUGGUCAGGACGACGCCGCUGGACCAGGUCAAGAAGCCAAGCGAAGGACUGUCCCUCUUUUACACCGACCUCGACCGCAAAGCAGUCCAGAUCACUGAGAUCCCUAAGAUGGGUCGCUCGGCAGUCGAUACUAACGUCCUCCUCUUCGAGGACUGGAAGGUCCCCGCCAGUGACAGAAUCGGAGGUGAGGGAGACGGCUUCAGGAUGACCAUGCAUGGGAUGAACGCCGAGAGAAUCCUGGUCGGAGCAGAGGCCCUCGGGAUUGGCUACGCGGCCCUCCGGCGCACUUGCAACUACGUCAAUGAGAGGGUCGUCUUUGGAGCACCCAUUGGUAAGUAUCAGGGGAUCCAGCAUCCUCUGGCUGAGUGCUGGAUGAACCUGGAGAGUGCGAGACUCAUGAUCUACACGGCGGCGCGGCUAUACGACGAGGGAUACAAUGACGGCGAGUACGCAAACGCAGCUAAGUUUUUGGCUGCCGAGGCCGCCUUCAAGGCCGCCGAGAGAGCCGUCAUGUCACACGGUGGAAUGGGCUACACCAAGGAGUAUCAUGUGGAGCGGUAUCUGAGAGAGUCAACCCUCUCGCGCAUCGCCCCAAUCAGCGGAGAGAUGAUCAAGAACUACAUCGGGCAGCGGGUUCUUGGGCUUCCAAAGAGUUAUUAG